CCCUCUACUGUUCUCCUAGUGGACGGUGUUUGUGUGUGCCAUAGCUGCCUGCAGGCCUUCAAUGAGAGCAAAGGGAGAGUGAGAGGAGCAGAAUGGAAAGCAUGAACCUGUGUAGAAAACACAACUGAGGCACCAAGCUGGGUCUUACCUGCACCUCCUGGACCGCUGACUGAACUCACUGACACAGAUCUUUAGCUUGUUUGGUGAUUAAAAAGAGGAGGUACCAUGGGACCUGGAGCAUGGAGCGUAUUUCUUGUUUUUGGUCUGUCUUUGUGGAGCAAUAGCCAAGCCCUCACAAAGCACCCCAUCCUCUCUCGGAUACGAAGGGCUCCAGAGGCCAAUGGAGAAAGCAAGAAGUGCUCCUACACCUUUCUGGUCCCUGAGCAGAAGAUCACAGGACCCAUCUGUGCCGCCCGUGGCUACUCAACCGACAAGGACCGGGUGACACGCCUGGAUGUGGCUGCGGUGCGCGACCUCCUAUCGAAGCAGCGUAGGGAGAUGGAGACUUUGAAGCUGGUGGUGGAUGUGGACGGCAACUUGGUGAAUGAGAUGAAGCUGUUAAGGAAAGAGAGCAGGAACAUGAACUCCAGAGUGACCCAGCUCUACAUGCAGCUGCUGCACGAAAUCAUCAGGAAGAGGGAUAACUCUCUGGAGCUGGCGCAGCUGGAGACACGCAUCCUUAAUGCCACUACUGAGUCACUGCGCCUGGCAUCCCGGUACAGGGAACUGGAGGCCAAAUACUCAGCCCUGUCUGCAGUGGUAAACAACCAGUCAGUGCUGAUUGGAGCGCUGGAGGAGCGUUGUAUGCAGGUGUACAGCCGCAGGCAUGACCAGUCACACAUUGGACCUCCACUUGUGCAGGUGGUGCCUGAGAACAUUCCUGUUAACGUGCCACGAUUCACCAAUGAGAUCCAGAGGGAUAACACCCGAGGCUUUGCCCGAGAAAGGGGCUCUCGCUCUGGGCCGUCACCCACAAGUGGCACCCUGGAAGCUCAGAAACCUCCACAUAGAAACUUCAGUGCUGAAGGCCCAUUCAGGGACUGUCUCGCAGCGCAGGAAGCCGGCCACAGCACCAGUGGCAUGUACCUGAUCAAACCUGACGAAGCAGAGAGGCCAGUGCAGGCCUGGUGUGAACAGGAUAUAGACAACGGGGGCUGGACUGUUAUCCAGAGCAGGAGAGAUGGAUCCGUCAACUUCUUCAGGAACUGGGAUAACUACAAGAGCGGCUUUGGCAACAUAGACGGGGAAUAUUGGCUUGGUCUGGAAGGCAUCUAUAAGCUGGGGAGGCAGGGAGACUACAAGCUGCUGGUGGAGCUGGAGGACUGGAUGGACAAGAAGGUGUACGCUCAGUACAGCAGCUUCCAUCUAGAACCUGAGAGCGAGGCUUACCGCCUGCGCCUGGGCACCUACCAGGGCAACGCCGGGGACUCCCUGAGCAGCCACAACGGCAAACAAUUCACUACUCUGGAUAGAGACAAGGAUGCCUUUUCAGGUAACUGUGCACAUUUCCAUAAAGGUGGCUGGUGGUACAACGCUUGCGGCCAAGCCAAUCUGAACGGUGUCUGGUACACUGGAGGAGUCUACCGCAGCAAAUUCCAAGAUGGUAUCUUCUGGGCCGACUAUGGUGGAGGCUUCUACUCUAUGAAGGCUGUGCGUAUGAUGAUCAGGCCCAUAGACUGAAGAUGUACUGUAAGCCAGGCUGGUCUAGGGGCGGCUAUGGAGGCCGAGGCAAACUUGAACCUCAUUCUGACUGUAUGUGAUCAUCAGCAACUGGUUGAUCCAUGAUAAAAGAACUACACUGAUGGUCCAACCAUCAGUAGCAACUUGAACUGCCUCCUCAAACAGACAUGGACUCUGCGUGAACAUCGCUUUCUUUAUAUCAUAAUAAAUGCACACAUGUGCUGCAUUUCCACUGCACAAUUCGGCUUAACUCGACUCACUUUUAGUACCAGGUUCCUUAUCCUAUUUUGUUUUUCAGUGUGGAUAGUACCAAGCAACGCUGGCUUUUGAAGCCAAUGUCACAUAGUGGCCAAACAUGGAAUUACAACGUCCAGUCUGUCGCAUGAUGACAUUCAGCCAGAAAACACUUUUUUCCAUAGACUACCACUGGGAAAGAGGUGUCUGCAAAUCAGUUGGUACAUUUUUUAAGCGUCACAGCCCCUGCGAAAUUAGUCGAUUCACUAUCAGAAUUUGAUCUAUCCGGUCCGGUAACAUUUUGAAUGUCUAGAAGAGGUGCACAAUUAAAUCCUUUUUAUCCACAUUCAAGUUAGUGGAGGACUAAACCUGAAGUUAGUUGCUUUGCUGGCUGAGGUCUCCGAUAUGCUCUUUAACAAUGUAGUAUAUCCGGGCAAUUUCAUACUGCAGAAAUCAAGCUUUGUAGCUUCAUGCACCACUGAGCAACUUUCACUGGAAUGAACCAGGUCCUGCCUCCAAUGCUGUACGUAAGGUUUUCAAACAUCAUCUUCAGCGAACACUCACUGAAUCCUUUCAUUGGCAACAAAACAGAGGAAUGUCUGCACAUAGUUUUGUGGUUUUUUUAAAGUCUGUCUUGAGUGCAUGAAAAAAACUGCAGUCAUUAUUGACGGUAGCUUUCUCCUGGAUAUCCUAUGGUUCACAGGCGAUGAUUCCAGUGACAACUCUUUCCGACUAAUCAGUGGUCUGCAGUGCUCAUACUCCGCAAUCUAGUAUUGCCUUAGCUUGUUUUGAACUUAACUGAAGUAAUACAAAAAAAAAGACCAGUUACUGUCCACCAUUUUUCCAUUUUCUGUUACCGCUUAUAACAUCUAAAGAGUCGUGGAAGUGGAGACCAUCCCAGCUGAUAUUAGGCAAGGGACACAGUACACCCUGAAAAGGUUAUCCACAAGUUUUUCUAAUGGAAACCCCCCAAAAAAGCAAGUUGAGUUGAGCCAUGCCAUACCUUGCAAUGGAAAUGCAGCAUCAAAGGGAUUGAGGGGACAUGUCUAUUUAAAGUAAGCCAUAAAGCUCCUUUA